AUGGAAAUAAUCGAGUAUCGUUCGGUGAUUAAGUUCCUCCACAAAAAGGGGAAAACGAAUGUGCAAAUCAAAGCCGACCUGGACGAAGUAUAUGGUGAGGCUGCACCUUUGUUAGCAACAGUAAAAUUUUGGAAAGCUGAAUUUGUUCGUGGGCGGACGAGUGUUUUUGAUGAUGAGCGUCCCGGGAGGCCAAAUGAAUUCACCACGCCAGAAAUGAUCAACAAAGUCCAUGACAUGUUUAUGGCAGAUCGUCGAAUCAAGCUCCGCGAGUUAGUAGAGGCCCUAAACAUUUCCAACGAACGCGUACACUACAUCAUUCACCACCAUUUGGACAUGACGGUCGUGGAAAACCAAACCACAAAAAAUUUGAUCGGCAAAUGA